GCGAAGGCUGGUGAGGAGCUUCGGAUGAGAGGAAGGGGGGAGGCGGAGGAAGAGUUACAAGGUAUGGAAGAAGAGCUGCGCUCUGCCCCUUCCUCUCACCGGAAUGCCAUGAGCACAAAGCUGCGCAUGUACCGAAGAGAUCUGGGCAAGUUGGAGAGGGAGAUGAAGAACUCUGCUCCCGGCUUUGGUUCCUCCUCUUCCCAGCCAGUGGAAGGGAGUCAUCAUGGCAUCUAUUCAUCACAAAACCAACACAGUACACACCUGCAGUCUCAGAGAGCCCUGCUGCUCCAGGGCACAGAGUCUCUGAACAACGCCAGCCAGAGCAUCGAGCGAAGCCAGCGCAUCGCCAACGAGACGGAGCAGAUCGGCACGGAUAUCAUCGAGGAGCUGGGAGAGCAGAGGGAACAGCUGGAUCGCACCAGAAACAGAUUGGUGAACACCGGAGAGAACCUCAGUCGAAGUAGAAAAAUUCUUCGUGCUAUGGCACGCCGGUUGGUGACAAACAAGUUGCUGUUAGGCGUCAUCAUUUUGAUGGAGCUGGCCAUUCUAGGCGCUGUGGUUUAUCUGAAGUUCUUCCGAUGAUGGCAUCCGAGGACCAGUCUACGCUCUGGAUCCAGAGCAAACUCUCUACAUCUGUCUCCACUGACUAUGUAGUAGCAAUAAGAUUCUUCUGCUGUAUUCACCCAACUAUUUCCAUGAGUGCAAAUAAGAACACUAAGAUGUCUUAGUGUUAACGUGAACCUUUACCGAGAGGGGAUUCUGUCCGUGGGCAGGUGAAGUUGAAAAUGUUGAACCUGGACCAGACCUACAGAAACUCCACGGACAAACUGUGAACUGAGAUUUGCACUGUUUUCAUUAUCAGACUGUUAUUGCCAAUGAUGCCCUGCAGGAUGAUUAUCUGUGCUCGCUGCUGCUGCAGACCACACAGGUGAUUCUCUGUAAGGAUUUAUCCAAGCACGAGCACCAUUGACUGACUCCCACACGUGUAGAUUCCCUGUUAAAACGAAUGUUACUGGUCAUUGGUGCAGCAGUGCUCAGAGUGGGAUACUUUAUAAUAAGUAUGAUGAUAUGAAAAUAUGGAAUGGCACCACCAGUGUCAUUGUGCCCAGUAUCCAAAUGGUUGUAUUGAGCUAAUUAUUCCAGACUUGAGGCCAACUUCUGUCAGUCAGAUGUGUGAAUGUGAUGAAUGUGUGGAAACUCUUAAUAAAUGCAAUGUUCUUAACAGUUAACAAUGUCGUCUAAUCACGGUAUGACACAAACUCUGUUAGAAAUAGUCUUCAUGAUUAAAGCUAAUCUUUACCCUCA